AUGUGGAUAAAAGACCUCUUAGUUGGGCGUCAACAAAGAGUUCGGGUGAACUCAAAGUUAUCUAGCUGGGAAACUGUGCUUAGUGGAGUGCCCCAGGGUACAGUUUUGGUGCCAGUGCUAUUCCUCUUGUAUGUAAAUGACCGUCCUCGUCUCCCAUCAUCAUCGGUCUUGGUAUAUGCUGACGAUGUCAAGAUAUGGAGAACGAUACGAUGUAAGGGUGAUAGCUUAGAACGCCAAAAUGACCUGAAGAAGUUAUCUGAACGGUCUCAAACAUGGCAGUUGCCGAUAAAUACUUCCAAGUGUGUUGUGAUGCAUAUCGGUCAUCAAAGUGCAGAUACAUACACGAUGAAUAACACUGAGCUACCUGUCGUCCAGACAUAUAGUGACUUAGGAGUUAUCGUUAGUCAAGACUUAAAGACUACUGCACACUGCCGUGCAAUAGCCGCCAAAGGUUUGAGAACCUUAUGGUCAAUACGUAGGGCUUUUAGUCGUGUCGACGCUAAAAUAAAUAAUUCUUUAGCCUAA